AGCGGGGGCCCCUGGCGCCUCGCGCCCGCGCGGGGCGCCCGCGCGGGCGGCCCUGCCGCCGGCGAGCCACGAGCCUCAAGUCGGCCAGCUGCGCGCAGGAGUGGCCCCUCGCCGGAGCUGCCCUCCGGUGCAGGCCGAGGAGGGCGAGGACGAGCAGGAGGCCGUCGAGCAGCAGGAGGAUGUCCGUGGACAAGGUGGCCCAGUGGAUGCAGAUGGCGGGCCUGCCCGUCCCUGCGGAGGCGACAGCCGGGGGCAGCGGCCCCCAGGCCGCCCCGCACGUCCAGGGCCACUGCGCGGGCGGCAGGGGCUGGCCCGAGGACUGCGUGCCGGGCUGCGGCAAGGGCGGGAGCCGCCCAGAGGAGGGCCCCCCGAUGCAGAGCUUCGCCAGAGAGGGCGGCCUCGUCACCACGCCCGUCUCAGCGGAGGCCAGGGACCCCAGCCUGGCGGCCGCCGCCGCCUCCCAGGCGGCCCAGGUGGCCCAGCUGGCCGAGAUCCAGCAGGCC